CAGAAGUCGACUCUCGCUCAUCCACGGCUACUAUUCAUGAAAUUCCUGUGACUUCUCUCCACGGCUUCAUCGUGCAGUCGUUGGGCUUCUACUUCUACACCCUAUAUAAAGCAGUUUUAUAAGGACUAUAAUGUCACGUUGCAACAAAACUCUCAAACCAUGGAGGCUUACAAUUGUUCUUCUUCAUCUGCAUACUCACAGUCACAGCAGGACUCGGGAGAUAAAGUAGAGUACGUGAAAGCAUCAAACUGUUAUCAAUCAUCGCUUCAUGCGGUGCGCAAGGCUCCAUUAAAGCCAUGGAAGAAACCAAUAGCUCCAGUGCCACCAGCUGGACCAAAAGUGUACAAAGUGGAUCCUGUGAACUUCCGGGAGCUGGUUCAGAGGCUGACUGGUGCGUCGGAGUGCCAGUUGCAGCGUCUCAAAAGGGUGGCUCCACCUCCACUGAAUGUGACGCCAAUCUCAUGUCAUAGUAGAGAGAACUAUGCAGCUGCCCCCCUGCAGUUGCUUCCUUCGCCAGCAAAAACUCCAUUGACUGCUCUUUACACAGAGUUGAUGGCUGAAAUAUCAGAUCCCAAACCCCAACAGUUACCGGAUUGUGGGAUGGAAUCCAAUUCACUUGGAUUGAGUUUGUCACCAUCUUCGCACAGCUGGUGUACUUUCCCUCUUUUGAGCCCAGGAACUUUUUCCAGUUUGGAUCAAAGCACAGUUCUCUAGCUCUUUCAGAAAUGUUGCUUCUACUGCUAUAUGUAUUUCUUUUUUUUUCUUUUUUAGUUUGUUGGUAAGGGUUGAUCCGUAUCAAAACAUCCAAACCCUCAAACCCAUACCCUAAAAUAAAAAAUAAAUUUAUAUAUUUAUACAAAUUAUAUAAAUUUAUUUUUACAAUUUGAAAUGAUAA